AUGAUGUAUGGGAAUCAACCAAUUAACUCACCUUAUCCAGACCCACCCAUUCAGAAUAUGCCUAAGAAACUCAGAAGAAAUCUGGGUGUAGAGUAUUGGGCCAGCCCCAACUUCCUUCCACUUCAUUCUGGGAGUGAAAGAAGUAAAAUCACCAUCGCUGAUGCAUUGGUGACUCAUUAUGAUGCAGAGAAUGCUGAGGCUGCGGACCGCCGGGCUCAGAAGGUUCUCGCCACGGCGGUGGCCUCCGCACGGCCAGCCUCGGAAGCCCCUCAGCUGGCCCGCCCCGUGAGCCGGGAAACUCAGGCUCGACCAAUCCCCGAGCAGGAGAGCCGACGGCUCCGGAGCCUCCGGGUGGGGGCGGCGGCGGCGGCGCUCCGGCUCCUGCUGAGCCGCCUGCUGGCCCCGCGCCCCACCCCAUCCCCGCGGGCUGGGGACGGGCUCGUGCGGCUGGGCGGGCCCGGGAGCGGAGGAGGCAUUAUGGCCCCCAAAGACAUAAUGACAAAUACUCAUGCUAAAUCCAUCCUCAACUCCAUGAACUCUCUCCGGAAGAGCAAUACCCUCUGUGACGUGACAUUGAGAGUAGAGCAGAAAGACUUCCCUGCCCAUCGGAUUGUGCUCGCUGCGUGUAGUGAUUACUUCUGUGCCAUGUUCACCAGUGAGCUUUCAGAGAAGGGGAAACCUUAUGUUGAUAUCCAAGGUCUAACUGCCUCCACCAUGGAAAUUUUGUUGGACUUUGUGUACACAGAAACAGUUCAUGUGACGGUGGAGAAUGUACAAGAACUGCUCCCUGCAGCCUGUCUGCUUCAGCUGAAAGGUGUGAAACAAGCCUGCUGUGAGUUCUUAGAAAGUCAGUUGGACCCUUCCAAUUGCCUGGGUAUCAGGGAUUUUGCUGAAACUCACAAUUGUGUUGACCUGAUGCAAGCAGCUGAGGUUUUUAGCCAGAAGCAUUUCCCUGAAGUGGUACAACAUGAAGAAUUCAUUCUUCUGAGUCAAGGAGAGGUGGAAAAGCUAAUCAAGUGUGAUGAAAUUCAGGUGGAUUCUGAAGAGCCAGUCUUUGAGGCUGUCAUCAAUUGGGUGAAGCAUGCCAAGAAGGAGCGAGAAGAAUCCCUGCCUGACCUGCUACAGUACGUGCGGAUGCCCCUGCUGACCCCCAGGUACAUUACAGAUGUAAUAGAUGCUGAGCCUUUCAUCCGCUGUAGUUUACAGUGCAGGGAUCUAGUUGAUGAAGCAAAAAAGUUUCAUCUGAGACCUGAGCUUCGCAGCCAGAUGCAGGGACCCAGGACAAGGGCUCGUCUAGGAGCCAAUGAAGUGCUUCUGGUGGUAGGGGGUUUUGGAAGCCAGCAGUCUCCAAUUGAUGUGGUAGAGAAAUAUGACCCCAAAACUCAGGAGUGGAGCUUUUUGCCAAGCAUCACUCGCAAGAGACGGUAUGUGGCCUCUGUGUCCUUACAUGACCGGAUCUACGUAAUUGGUGGCUAUGAUGGCCGUUCCCGCCUCAGUUCAGUGGAGUGUCUAGACUACACAGCAGACGAGGAUGGGGUCUGGUAUUCUGUGGCCCCUAUGAAUGUCCGAAGAGGCCUUGCUGGAGCUACCACACUGGGAGAUAUGAUCUACGUCUCUGGAGGCUUUGAUGGAAGCAGGCGUCAUACCAGCAUGGAGCGAUAUGACCCAAACAUUGACCAGUGGAGCAUGCUGGGAGAUAUGCAGACAGCUCGAGAGGGUGCAGGACUAGUAGUGGCCAGCGGAGUGAUCUACUGUCUAGGAGGAUAUGAUGGCUUGAAUAUUUUAAAUUCAGUUGAGAAAUAUGAUCCCCAUACAGGACACUGGACUAAUGUUAUGCCAAUGGUCACCAAACGUUCUGGUGCAGGAGUAGCCCUACUGAAUGACCAUAUCUAUGUGGUGGGGGGAUUUGAUGGUACAGCCCACCUUUCUUCGGUUGAAGCUUACAACAUUCGCACUGAUUCCUGGACAACCGUCACUAGUAUGACCACUCCACGAUGCUAUGUAGGGGCCACAGUGCUUCGGGGGAGACUCUAUGCAAUUGCAGGGUAUGAUGGGAAUUCCCUGCUGAGUAGCAUUGAGUGCUAUGACCCUAUCAUCGACAGCUGGGAAGUAGUGACAUCGAUGGGAACCCAGCGCUGUGAUGCUGGGGUGUGUGUUCUUCGAGAAAAGUGACUAUUAUUGGAGCAUCAUCCAGAGCUAGCAACCAGUCCAAGGGACAGUUUGUGGGAGAAUCAAGGAUCAUUUCCACAAUGUCUAUUUCUCACUGUGUGCACAGGGUGAUUACAAGCACCAGUGCAGUGAUGAUUGUACUUAUUUGACACACUCCCUCAUGGUGGUAAUGUCCCUCAGCAGGGUGGGUAACAUGCAAGGGAAGAAAAUGCACAUUGAGUGGAUAUGAGAACAGAUCACUCCUCCAUCUGGUCGGGGAGCACUUUCUUGUCGUUUAUGGCUUACCAUGUGCGUGGGAGAAUAUAUAUGUGUGUGUGUGUUGUGCUUCAUAUAUUGCAGAGAAGUAAAGUGAGUAUGGCCUGCUAGAUGUGGACAGUACCCAGCCUAGAUGAUUGAAAGGAUACCAACUUGCAUAAGCUUGGUAAAAGCCAAGUCUUUCCCCCCUACCAGGAAAAUGUCUUUUUUAAUCUACAGGUAGCUAGGGGCAUCAUAGUUCCAUUCCGGAGGAAAACAAAAGGGAGAGCCCUAUCAAACUUUGGGAGCCUAAGCUAGAAAAUCACAUUAUACUCCUUAAGGGGAAAGGUCCAUCAGAACUGGAGUUAGAAUAAGUGGUGUGAACUGAAUUUAAUGGAAUGUGAGUGAACCCAGAACACCACUGAAGUAUAACCUGGAAGACUGAGAUGGAUGUAUUGUUUGAAGAAUUUUUUUAUUUCCCUAAGGUAUUUCUACAGUAGAAUGUUGUACAUCUUGGCUGAGAUGAAGACUGUCUGAAAGAAUAACGUUGGGGUGAGAGGAGAGUGCAUAAAUAUGGGAGUUGAAUAUACCUGGGGACAAACUAGAAGAACCUGUGACUUUACAGUUGUCUUAGUCCCUGCCAGGGCACAGCAGCCAUGGCAAUAUUUGUCUUGAAUGGGUGAAAUACUCUUUGUUGAAUCAAAUGCUACUACACUGUUACACUUCUACAUAUUUAUUGGGGGAUGGGAUGGGGGUGACAGCAGCCUAGUAGUUCAGCUACCUAAUUAUGUUCCUAUUCAUCUAAGGUCAUAUUUGUGCUAAGGAGUGUUUUUUUUACUGCUGUGUUUGGUACAUUUAGUCCUCUUACUACUAUAAGUUUUCCUCACCUGUCUUUAGCGUGAAUUUUAUUCAUCUUUGGGCAGAAUAAUCAAGAACAAUGAAAAUUCUUUUGUCAGUUCCAGUACUUCUGCUAUCACCAUUUCUGAGCUACCAUUCAAGGCUCCUCUGUGUCAUGGAGUACAGUUUUUGCUUUCUGGAUAUUGGGUGUGUGGAAUGUGAUAACCUAAACAAGGGUGCCCUUUCCCUUUGCUCUGGAAUUCUAUUUUUUUCCUCUCUCCCUGAGUUAUAUUGACCUAUGAGUUAAUUUCCUUUGUAUUUUUUUUAAAAAAAUAUUAAAAAUCACCUGUCUCAAAUGCCGUUAAGAGUCCAUGACUAUCAAGCUCUGCCUUCAGCAGACAUC